AUGCUCAUUAUAUUUGAUUUCAUUAAAGCACUUGCCCUUUUAUUAUAUCCAGCGGUGGCAGAGGCCACAAAAGAGUCGAUUAUGGAAAGCAUACCUUUUAGAAAUGUGCUAGGGUGGUUCACAUGCUUCAGCAUUGAAGGGGGCGACUUCAUCAUUCUCUGCUUUGCAGUUCACAUUGCGUUGCUUGUUUUUUUCCCGAAUCAAAAGUUCAAAUUCUACAAUCACAACCGGUUAACGACGUCAAAUCCGCAGGAGGGCGGGCUUUACCCGUUCCGGAUCUAUCUCUACAUGAUUUCGAUUGUUUUUCCGUCAUUGAUCAGCUCGGUGGGGUACGUUUCAACACAGGGAUACACGUCCGAGGUGAACUGGAGCUUUUUAACAACUGUGAGACCAGUGUGGUAUUUCACUUGGAUUUUCCGUUAUUGCAUUGUGAUCAUCAUUCUCUCGAUGUACGUGGGGACGUACGUUCACGUGACUCACCAGUAUAAGGUGGUGAGCUCGAAGAUGAACCUGGAAGGAGGUCAAAAGCAUACUAUGCUCUCCACACUUCUUAGAGACUCAGUUUGGUACAAGCUCGGGAAGUUUGUGAUGAUGCUUGUUUUUCCAGACGUGCAGAUUUCCGCAAAGCUCCACGGAAGGGCUUUAAACAGCAAGACUGACAUGGCGAACAUCCGGAAACUCCAUGCUCGAAACGAUAUAAGUUUCAAUGAGGAUCCAUUUUCGAAUUCACAGGGCACUUCAUCUACAAAUAACACAUAUUCUGGGCAGGAGGUUGAGCGGCAAGAAAAGGAGGAGAGGGAAGAGAUGGAGGAAAUGGGGGGAAGGAAAGAGAGGAAGAAAAGGCAAGGAAGAAAAAAAAAUGCAGGAAGAAAAGAAAUUGAUGAAGGGGACGGAAGAAAAGAAAAUCAGGAAAAUCAAGAAGGAGAAGAAAAUAAUGAAAGAGAAGAAAAUGGACAACCAGAAUUUCCCCAACUAGACCACCAAUCCACAAACAGCGAUGAGGCAACAGAGGUGGAAUCCACAGAGUCCGAAAAAGUGAGGAGACUCCAGCGGGAUAUGGGCCUCGAUAUCCAGAGGAUGCUCCACCGGGAGGCCAUGGACCGGUUCGAAGUCCGGCGGGCACAAAUUAUGAAACAGAUGAAAGUCAUAUUUGUCUACCCCGUGUCUUAUCUUCUUCUCUGGAUGUUUCCCUUCAUCCACCAGUGCUAUGUUUUAAAACACAACGGCGAGGUCACGUCCAAUACCUACGUGUGGUAUGCAAUGGCGGCCUUUUUCCAGGCGUUCAACUGCACGAUUGACACGCUUGUGUUUUUGUACCGGGAACGGCCCUGGACGCUCACUGUGGCCCGCGUGGACCCGGGCAUGAGGUUCAGUUACUCGCUGUGGAGGCACUGGCUGUCUUUUCUUCCGGGGUACCACCUUGACGGGCAGACGCGGCCGGGCUCUGCUGUUUCUGGAUGCUCAGGGGGCUCAGGGAGCUCCAGAGGUUCCCUUCCGGGACAUUUAAGUGGUGUGGAAAAUUCUGCAAGUGGCGUUGCCAUGGCAGAUCUGCGCACUCGGGACCUGGAGAAAGGGUUGAGCGGCAUAGAGGAGGAGCAGGAGGGCAUCGGCCGGGCCAACGGAGAAGAAAAAGAGAUAAUAAAAGGAACAGAAAAGGGAACAGAAAAGGGAUCAACAAAGGGAACAAAAAAAGGAACAGAAAAGGGAACAGAAAAGGGAACAAAAAAUGAAACAGAAAAGGAUAUCAAUAUUUGGCCAGAAAAUGAUCCUGAAAACACACAAACAAACUGGCUCCCCCGCGUGGACUUGGACGACGAGGAUUUAAGCGAUUUUGUCCGGUUGGAUCCUCUAAUGGGAAACGCGGCAAGGACAAGGCGCUCGGCGGACUCCACGGUCGACCCGAACGAUUCAUACGUGAGCUUGAGGGACUUUUUGAAUUCUAUGGCGGGACCAGACGAAUUACAAGGAGGCCAGCUCCCGGAGCCCCGGCGGAGGUCAAAGAUUUCCGAGGGCUCACUGCCCGAUAGGAGCCGGCGCGAAAAUAGGGACAGGAGGAGCUCCAAGUUUAGCUGGAGGACUUUUCCCUUCCGGGGCUCACUUGGCGGGCCUGUCAAGAAGUCCACCUCCACGACGGCGACGGCCCCAUGA